AGGACUACAAGGACAAGGACUGCAAGGACUGCAAGGGCAAGGAAUGCAAAGACUACAAGGACAAGGACUACAAGGACUACAAGAUAUACAGGGGACACAAGGGUUACAAGGACUAAAUGGGAGAAGAUUUGCGGGGAUGAAUUUUGAUGGCAUGCAACCAGGUGGUCAGCGAGGGCAGCUAGGCAACGGCCUUCGUUUUGGCGAUGGCACCUUUGGUGGUAAUGCCCUUGGUGUCGAUCGAUUUGGGACAGGGGGUACUGUUGGCACGACUCGAUUUGCAGAUGCAGAAUUUGGAGGCCGCUUUGGAAAUGGUGUGUCAAAUACUAAUACUGGCAGAAACCGUUUUGUAGGAGAAACAUUUCAAGGUGGUCGAGGUACAACCAAUACUUUGGGAGGAACCCGAUUUGGCGGAAACGAUCUCCGCCUAGCCGGUAACGGUCGCAAUGGAUUGAACGGACUAGAAGGAAUGAGGGCGGCGACAGCACGGACAAGACUAGGCACUGGAAGGCAGGGGCAAACACUAGGUGGCACCCGUCUGGGAACUGCUGGUACCGGAAUAAACGGUCUAGGAGCAACAGGUCUGGGAGGCAGAUUAACAGGGGCCAACGCUGGUCUUCAAGGAGGUAUUAUGGAUGGUGGAAUCAGAGACAAUACAUUAUUAGCACGACGCAGAUUACGUGCCAAUCGCCUAGGCGCUAAUGUUGGUGGUGGUGCUCAGCGAACCAGUCUUCUUGGAGGUCUGGGGCAAGAUGUUAAUAAUAUGUUUGUUGAUCCGAUAACAUUUCAGCGAGUAAGGGUAUUAAACACUAAUGAUGCUAGCAAUAUAAUCGCUAGAAGAACUAAUAACGAGCCUGCCUCACGUCGCAGGGCGACAAACAGACUCAACAUGGGUAGGACGGUGGGCAGGACGAAUGAUGCUAGUCGUAACCUCCGUGCCGGAGCUCCAGUUCGCAGAAUACCUAACACAAAUACACUCCGUAGACGACUUGGUACUGGUACGGCAAUCUCUCCUGUAGGAACGGCAAGAGGCAGAGCAGCAGCGCCCGCCCGUCAGCGAUCAUCAUCACUAACCAAUAAUGUAGACUGGGCUAUGCUUGAUGAACUAAUGCAGCAGCAGUCCCGCCAACAGAGAGUUACUGAUUCAGUUACAACCAAUAGGGCUUCUCAACCAGCUGCUACUGCCACGGAUGGGUUUUCAUUGAAUCAAUUGGAUCUCUCACAGUUUACUGCCAACUUAGACUCACUAGGGGCCACAGGACUGGAUCCACAGCAAACAGCUUUUUUGCCAGUCUCAACUCUACAAUCAUCACAAACAGCAGCUGCUUCCUUAGCAGCACAAGAGACUGCGCGAGCUGCUGCGGCACAACAACGGGUAGCCAUCCUUGCCUCUCGCAGAAACCAAGCAGCUAUAAACGCGUUGGCAGAUUCCCAAGCCGCUAGAAAUGUUGCAGCAUCGCAGGCAGCUAGAUCUGCAGCUGCAUCGCAGGCAGCUAGAUCUGCUGUCGCUGCACAGGCAGCAAGGUCUGCUGCAGCGUCCCAAACUAGGCCUGUUGCAAAUAUGCAGGAUACAGCAGCGGAUCAAGUCUUACGAAGAGCUGUCGCAGAACAGUCAUCUGAUGCAGUGACACUUCCUGCGUUUCAGGCAACACGCAGAAGGGGGCCAAUCUUUGCAAUAGUUCCACUGACAUCACGGGCAAAUAUCGAUGACAUGAGGAAAUUCGUACAAGAACUGUCAGCAUCAAUAAAUAUGGCUAGUAAUGAACCGACCGUUGGAGACAAUUUGCUACAAAGUAGUCUACUUCCGUUGGGAAUACAGCGGGAAACAGCUGCCAUUGGACUUCCGAAUGCUUCCGUCGCCGCCGAUUCACUGCCAUCUGUUAGGCCAAUUCAGGUCAUCAACACAGUGUCUGCAGAAAGUAAUAUUCCAGGCGAAGGACCAAUGACCAUCAUGAGCGAUCAACCGUUUGCUGUUCCAAUCCCUAUCCAGGAUCCGAUAGCUAUACGGACAGAACCUGUAAGGGCUUGAAGCGAAUGCGAUGGACUCGUGUUAGGGCGACUCCAAAUAUGAGAAGAAUAGGCAUCCGAUACAGUUGUUGUGGAGCAAAGCCAACACAUCAUGUUAAGCUAAUAGUGAUUAGUCAUCAUUUGUUUUCAUUUCUUUUGAAGAUAUUGCAUCAACAUUUUAAACAAUCGAUUCAUCCAUUCAUAUUGUAUGAAAAUCAUUGUCCAUGAAACCCACAUCGCAAAGAUUGCAAAUCACAGCCACACAUUUAGUUGUCACAGCCACACAUUUAGUUGACACAUUUAGUUGUCACAGCAACACAUUUAGUUGUCACAGCUACACAUUUAGUUGUCACAGCCACACAUUUAGUUGUUAUCAACUACUAUCAUGCAUAGUGUAACAUAACAACAUGUAUAUUUUCCAUAAAUGCAUUUCUAUUUCUUAUCUAUCAUUCUUGUAUAAGCACCACUAAUUAUAUAUCAAGGUAAGGCCCCACUUAUCUGGUGAUAAGGACGUUGUGAGCAUGGCUGUGUAUGUGAAUUUGUAAGCAUAUGCAGUAUUUCAUUGUUAUGUCGCGUGAUUUCAUUUUCAUCUCUCAUUUGUUCAAUUAUGCUAUUCCAUAUAUGACAUUGUAUUUUAAUUAAAACAGAAAAUUCAAUUUUGUUCAAAUGUCUUUAAUAUUUGUAUCAUGCUUCUAACGUAUCGCCAAUGUAUUUAUACAUGAGCACAAGAUGAUAACAUGGGUUACCAAACUGGUUUUUUUUUUUAUACAAAACAUGAAGUAAUGCUUUUACCGGAAGGCUUGUUUAGCUAAAACAGCUAAUGAAAACAGAACAAAAUAAAACCACAAAAAGAAAAGAAAGCAAGAAUUCCACAAGAGUAAGCGCUUCCUGCACCGCAUGUGGCAUUCGUGAUGACGUCAUCCUUGAGUUAAAGAAAGUGCGCAGGCUACCACAUUCUGAGAGACAAUAAUUAUUUAAUAAAGGUACUCUAAAGUUUGAUACCUGAAUAUUAGGUCACGAAGACACAUACACAAUUAUUUUCAACGCAGAUUGAAAUAUGUUCGCUUAAUCAUUCUUGCUAAGUACAAUUUGACAACAGGACGCAUAUACCUUUAAAAUCCUUUAAGACUUAGGUAGUUAAGUGAACAUUAUAAUCCAGACGUAAGUUCAUGAACGAAGGGUAAUAUGUGCUUUCUCUAAAUCCUUGAUAAUAAAUGAAAUGUAAGAUGUUUAAGUCCUUAUAACUUUCGCCUCCUCAAAUAAUACGCGAUAUAUUGUUAGAAAAUAAAACUCGUCUGAAAAUCUGUCAUUAUUGUUACAUUUACAUUAUUGAUGUUUGUUCUGUACAUGAAACUACCAACUGAAAACAACUGCGACCAGACCAUGAAUGCACUAUGAAUACAACGAUUCUCGUGCAACCAUUCAGCUGAUUUCUUACACAAUGACCACUUCAUACUACUACGCAUAGUACCGUUUCUGAGAUGAGUUAUUUCCCCUUCUCCGAGAUAACGUAG